CGCUGCCGUUCACUCGCUCUGCCUGUCUUGUUUUGCUACCUGUCGCAACCUCAAACCAAGCCGCCUUGUGCCUGUUUUCCUGUCCCUCAUUCCUUCCCGACCAUUCAUGCCUUGUGCCGUCACUCGCUUUUGCACCUUUGCACCUAUCUCUAAUCUGACCUAGUAAUAUACAAACAUUAUCACAAACAUCGCCGGCAGCGCCAACUCGCACCCACUGCCUCGCUCGCCUCGACCCGACUUCGUGACACUCGCUGAGCAGAGCUGUAUAUUCUAUUGCGCGAGCCGGUCGUAGACGUCGCUGCAUCUUCAGGUCCACGGUGGCCUGUGCCGUCGAGCUCUCGACAGCACCAUGUCUCUGCCCCAACGGCCUGACGCCUCCUCCCCUAAGCGUGACCAGCGGCAUGUUUUCCGCGACUCCCCUUCUCGUCGUCGACGGCCCUCCGACCUCGAGAAUACCCGAUCUAACGAUCGGUCCCCAAAUAAGGCAGGAACCCACCAGUCGUUUUCAAGACCUCUACCAUCGCCGGGCACGCCUGUGCCAAUGGAGAGGGAGCCCAUAAUGAGCGGGCAGCGAGGUGCACCUACGGCAGAUCUGGGGAGGAAAAGGAGCUUAAUCCGACCGGAGCGACAGCGUAUAGACCCGAACCACCCGAACUACCACUACCGAAAACACGCACAGAACAUGACCGUAUUCCCGUCGACAACCGGCAAUGACCCUAUCAUGGAAGAUCAUAUGGAAGCCGAGACUGUCAGCUCGGAGAGCACUGAAGCAAAGGCUCCCCACCUUCGAAACGCAUCUAACGGUCCCUACAAUGACAAACAAGCACCACUAGACGAUGACAGACCCCGGCCGCAGCGGAGGCUGACGCGGAGUAAGACGGUGGAGAAGCUGGAAAAACAACGCCAGAAGGAGAAGGACGCCUUGCGCCCCCCGAGCUUGUGGAACGUAUACUGCGCCAUCAUCACUUUCUGGUGUCCUGAUGCGAUAUUGCGUUGCUUUGGAAAACCGCAGAAGGCUCAGCAGCGCGCUUGGAGGGAGAAGAUGGGCUUGCUGAGCAUAAUUGCUGUUAUUUGCGCAUUUGUUGGAUACCUCACCUUCGGCUUCACGCAAACUGUCUGUGCCAAUGGUGGUCCCGAACGUUUGAGGAUCAACAAGGUCGAUAAGGGAUACUUGAUUGCACAUGGCCUAGCUUAUGACCUCGCGGAAUCUAAUCAUCCCCUUGCCCGUGGUAUACCAGACGGUGCCAACGUUCUCUUCGACUUGCCCGAGAAGCACGGAGGCCAGGAUGCAAGUUUUCUUUUCCAGAACGUAAAUGGAGCCUGCAAAGGCUUGAUUACACUCGCUUCAGGUUCCGAUGUCCCUACAAACGCAAAUAAAGAUUUGGCCUGGUAUUUCCCCUGCCAGCCCUUCAACCAAGAUGGAUCUUCGAAGCCGAACACUACAUCUCCACCCUAUCGCGGUUACGCUUGUCAUACGGCUGGCAAUGCGCGCAGCGCUUUUUACAGCCUUCGCAAUUCUGGAGAAGUAUAUUUCACCUGGGAUGACGUUAAGAACAACACUCGUAACCUCAUAGUUUGGGGAGGAGAUGUCUUGGAUUUAAAUCUUCUCGACUGGUUUAACAGGUCCCAGGUGGAUUAUCCUAAUAGGUUCGAUGAAAUUCGGCAAAAUACCAAACUGAAAGGGUUGGAUGUUACCCGCGCAUUUUCUUCAAACUAUGACAAGCAGAUUGCGAGGUGCUUUGCCGAGAUCAUCAAAGUCGGCUCUGUUGAUACCGCCACCAUUGGAUGCAUCGCGUCCAAGGUUGUGCUUUACGUCUCUCUGGUCUUCAUUCUAGCCAUCGUUGUAGCCAAAUUCCUUCUUGCCCUGGCGUUUCAAUGGUUUCUCUCCAGAAAAUUUGGAGCAGCGAAGACUUCAUUGGGUGCAGACUCGAAACAACGGAAGCAACAGAUUGAGGAAUGGAGUGAUGACAUCUAUCGUCCACCACCAAGGCUUAUGGAUCCAGCCGCCGGGCCAGAUAGGUCGAGCAAGCGUGGUAGCCAGUUCUUGCCCUCGACCUCAAGGUUCACAAGUCCUUACGCUAUGGAAAAGUCUGCGAAGAGCCGAGCACCACCAACUACUAUGACCAGCCAGAGCUCCACAUCCCGCCUCCUGUCCUCUAAUGCAAUGUACAGGCAGCUGAACAACAGCCAUGGCACCCUCCCCACAUAUGACGGCAAGCCCUCGAUUCAGGAAAGCCGAUCGAGUCUCAUGCUCUCCGGCACGACCGAGCAACCCCGCUAUCCAAGUGUAAUGGGCGAAGUGGAAGGUCCUGGACCAGCCGGCUUCAUCCACGAAGCCGUGGUGCCUCAGCCUCCUCCUGAAUGGCAGCCUUUUGGUUAUCCAUUGGCGCACGCGAUUUGUCUUGUUACAGCAUACUCCGAAGGCGCCGAGGGACUGCGAACAACACUGGACUCAGUUGCCACCACCGACUAUCCAAAUAGCCACAAACUUAUUCUUUGCAUAUGUGAUGGUAUGAUCAAGGGCAAGGGCGAAGAUCUGACUACCCCUGAGAUCUGUCUUGCAAUGAUGAAAGACCAUGCCGUGCUACCGCACGAAGUCCAGGCCUACUCUUACGUUGCGGUCGCCAGCGGCUCCAAGAGACACAACAUGGCCAAGAUUUAUUCUGGCUUCUACGACUAUGGCGAAGAUUCUCACAUUCCCAUAGACAAGCAGCACCGUGUUCCAAUGAUGGUUGUCGUCAAGUGCGGGACUCCCGAUGAAGCUAAGAAGUCGAAGCCAGGUAAUCGCGGAAAGCGAGACAGUCAAAUUAUCUUGAUGUCGUUCUUGCAGAAGGUUAUGUUUGACGAGCGAAUGACGGAGCUCGAGUUUGAGAUGUUCAACGGUAUCUGGAAAAUUACUGGUAUUUCACCGGACUUUUACGAGGUCGUGCUCAUGGUGGAUGCGGACACAAAGGUAUUCCCGGACAGCCUGACGCACAUGAUCUCCGCCAUGGUCAAAGACCCCGAAAUCAUGGGACUCUGUGGCGAAACAAAAAUUGCCAAUAAGCGCGAGUCGUGGGUCUCCAUGAUCCAGGUGUUUGAGUAUUUCAUCUCUCAUCACUUGUCCAAGUCGUUCGAGUCCGUCUUCGGCGGUGUGACCUGUCUGCCGGGUUGUUUCUGCAUGUACCGCAUCAAGGCGCCGAAAGGAGGCCAGAACUACUGGGUCCCAAUUCUUGCGAAUCCGGACGUUGUCGAGCACUACUCGGAGAACGUGGUCGACACGUUGCACAAAAAGAAUUUGCUCUUGCUAGGCGAGGAUCGGUAUUUGUCCACGCUGAUGCUUAAAACGUUCCCCAAGCGCAAGCAAGUUUUCGUGCCCCAGGCUGUGUGCAAAACCACGGUACCCGAGAAGUUCAGCGUUCUGCUGUCACAGCGGCGUCGGUGGAUUAAUAGUACGGUUCACAACUUGAUGGAGCUGGUGCUGGUACGAGAUCUCUGUGGCACCUUCUGCUUCAGCAUGCAGUUCGUUGUGUUCAUUGAGCUCGUCGGCACCCUGGUCCUGCCUGCCGCUAUUGCCUUCACUAUUUAUCUGAUUGCCAUUUCCAUCAAGGCAGCCAUCCUGCAUACGGCGGCGCCUGUUAUUCCUCUGGUGCUACUCGCGCUUAUUUUGGGUCUCCCAGCCGUUCUCAUCGUGCUUACCGCCCACCGAUGGUCAUAUGUAGCGUGGAUGUUUGUCUACCUGCUGUCGCUACCUAUUUGGAACUUUGUGCUCCCGACGUAUGCAUACUGGAAGUUUGAUGACUUCAGCUGGGGCGACACACGGAAGACGGCAGGCGAAAAGACGAAGAAAGCUGGACUAGAAUACGAGGGCGAGUUUGACAGCAGCAAGAUCACGAUGAAACGAUGGCAUGAUUUCGAAGCCGAACGAAGACUCAAGGCUCCAAGUGCCGGGUGGUCGCAGCAGAGCACUUCGGCCGGGGGAUGGCCACCUUCGCAGCAACAGCAGCAGCAGCAGCAUGGAUAUGAGCAGUACUAUGAUAAUUGAUUCUCGCAUUGUGGCGUCGCAUGGGAUGAAAAGCCGUCGUUAGCGGUCCUGCACGACGAGCUAAAAGAUUGCAUUUGUGUUACCCGUUUCUGGAACACUGCGUUUUCUUCCAACUGCAUUUGCUUUGG